CAGACGCCAUUCGGAGCCGGAUAGAGAGGGAGUGAGCUCCUUUCCUUUCCCCACCCUUCCCCCCCCCCCCAAACAACCACCGUCAUGGACAGGCUCCACAAGCUCCUUCUCUUAUUGCUGUUGGCCUUUCCCCUCAGCCUCUUCCAGCAAGGCCCGGGUGCAGGACUCAUAGUUGCUGCAGAUGACCCAACAGAGGAUGAGGAAGGCAUUGAUGAUUCUGUGGUGGAAGAUGAAGAUGAUGAAGCGGAAAUAGAAGAGGAUGAGCCAACAGACGUUAUGGAAGAUGAAAAAGAAGAGGAAGAAGAGGAGGAAGAAGACGACUUGACAUCUGGGGAACCAAAAGCCUCUCCCAAUGCUGACACAACUAUUCUGUUUGUGAAGGGAGAAGGUAGGGAAAACAAUUAUUUCCCAGCUAACAACAUUGUGAAAUUCUUGGUUGGCUUUACCAACAAGGGCAGUGAAGAGUUUGUUGUGGAAUCUUUGGAUGCCUCGUUUCGUUAUCCUCAGGAUUAUCAAUUCUACAUUCAGAAUUUCACAGCAUUACAGCUGAACACGUUGGUGCAGUCCCAGCGUCAAGCUACAUUUGAAUAUUCAUUUAUCCCUGCUGAGCCAAUGGGCGGCCGACCAUUCGGAUUGGUAAUCAAUCUCAACUACAGGGAUGCCAGUAGCAAUAUUUACCGUGAUGCUGUUUUCAACCAGACUGUUACAAUAACUGAACGAGAAGAUGGGCUGGACGGAGAAACAAUCUUCUUGUACAUGUUCCUGACUGGCCUUGGUUUACUUGUUGUGGUUGGUAUCCACCAGCUCCUAGAAUCUAGAAAGAGAAGGCGACCAACUUCGAAAGUAGAGAUGGGUACAUCUAACCACAAUAAUGUAGAUAUGAGUUGGAUUCCUCAAGAAACCUUGAAUCAAAUCAUGCAAAGUAGACGAGACAAAACUUCCCCAAGGAGGUCACCCCGUAAGCGAGCAAAGAGAACUGUGGGAUCGGACGAGUAGUAACCUCAGUUUUUAACCUUCAGUGUUUAAUCCUGUCCAUUUUUGUUCAGCGGUGGGGAUAAUGCAGAGAUGCCAUCUAAACAUAGUAACAAAAAAAAUCAAUGGACUGAGCGGUAGAACCAUUUACAACUACAUUAAUUUUUUUUGAACAAGAGCUUUUCAUCGAGAUGUACUUGGCUGUACAGAGUUGCUGUUUUUUUUCCAUUUCAAUAUAUUUUAAGCUUUUGUUUAAAAAGAAAAAUUGCAGCUGGUCAAUAUUUUGACAACUUAAUGUGAAUGAUUCUAUGAGAAUUGUUUUUGGCUUAUGUAUACUUUUGCAAUGAGUACAAGGAAUUGAAUUCUGACGGGGAGACUUCUGGCCUUUAACAUUCCCUUAAGAUGUCAGAACAGAGGCAAUUUUUAAGAUUUGUUAUUUCCCUGCACACGCUGUUUGAUGUGAACAUGUUGGGAUGUCAUUAUUUUUGGAUUCAAAUCUGAAAUGGUAUUAGCGCAUACAUGGAACUGUUGUAUCAUCCUUUAUUUUAUUCUACUCCUGAAUGCUUCUAGAGUGUAUGCUGUGAAGCCGUGUGUAUAGUUAAUACAGUUCAGGUAAAAGAAGCCAUUGCACGGACUUAAGUUUUUGCUUGGCCGUUAUAAUAUCAUAGAACAGUGAAAAUGUGUGCGUGUUCAUCUGGUAUCUCAGGAAACUAAACAAGAUUGUGAUGCGUGUUUUCUAGAGUCAGACACUAUCCGAAUGAGAAUAAUUUUGUAUGUUUCUGACAUGAACUCAGCAUUUAUGGAUAUUUGGUUUUGAAUGCACUAUAGAUGGUGAAAUCAAAGGUAACUUUCGAAAUGGAUUAUUUUCUUAUUGAACGGAGACCAUUUGACAAAAUGUACUUGGACAGAGUUUCGAAAAUUCGUGUAGGCAUUAAGAUGUUUUCAACUUAAAAGAUUACCUGGAAAGGAAUGGCUGGUUUUAAAAGUGGAUGAGAAGACAUUAAAGUAAACAAACUGGG